CCGCUCCUGCCCCCCCCUCCCCGCCUCCCCAUCCCCUGCCCACCCUCCUCCUCCUCCCCCGUCGCCUCCCGCCGGCGGCACCCCGAGCCCGGCGCGGCGAUGGGCUGAGGCUGCGGGGCAGCACGGGGCCCCGGCCGCGGCAGGAUGAGGAGGGGCUCGGAGGGCAGCGGGGAGGGCGAGGGGCUCUCGAGCCUGCGGGCGUUCGCCCACAGCUCCUCGCUGCACGGCAUCAGCCACGUCUUCGCCUACGGGGCCGUGUCCCUGCGCCGCGUGCUCUGGGGCGGCUUCUUCCUGGGCUCGCUGGGGCUGCUGCUGCUCGUGUGCGCCGAGCGCGUCGCCUACUUCCUCACCUACCCGCACGUCACCAAGCUGGACGAGGUGGCCGCCCGCAACCUCACCUUCCCGGCCAUCACCAUCUGCAACCUCAACGAGUUCCGCUUCUCCAAAAUCACCCGCAACGACAUGUACCACGUGGGCGAGCUGCUGGCGCUGCUCAACGAGCGCUACGAGAUCAGCAACCCGCAGCUGGCCGAGCCCCACGUCCUGGCCGCGCUUCGCGACAAGGCCAACUUCAAGAACUUCAAGGCGAAGCCCUUCAGCAUGGCCGAGUUCUACAACCGCACGGGCCACGACCUGGCCGACAUGCUGCUGCAGUGCUCCUUCCGCGGCACCGGCUGCACCGCCCGCAACUUCACCGUGAUCUUCACCCGCCUGGGCAAGUGCUACACGUUCAACCCGGGCGGGCCGGGCCGGGAGGUGCUGACCACGCUGCAGGGCGGCUCCGGCAACGGCCUGGAGCUCAUGCUCAACGUGCAGCAGGAGGAGUACCUGCCCGUCUGGGGGGACACAGAUGAGACCUCGUUUGAGGUGGGGGUGAAGGUGCAGAUCCACAGCCAGGACGAGCCUCCCUUCAUCGACCAGCUGGGCUUUGGCGUCGCCCCCGGCUUCCAGACCUUCGUCUCUUGCCAGCAGCAGCGGCUGGUGUACCUGCCCCCGCCCUGGGGGGACUGCAAGGCCACCCCCAUCGAGUCCGACUUCUUCACCAACUACAGCCUGACGGCGUGCCGCCUGGACUGCGAGACGCGCUACCUGGCCGAGAACUGCAACUGCCGCAUGGUGCACAUGCCGGGCAAUGCCAACGUCUGCACCCCCGAGCAGUACAAGGAGUGCGCCGACCCCGCGCUGGACUUCCUGGUGACGAAGGACAGCGAGUACUGCGCGUGCCGCACGCCCUGCGCCAUGGUGCGCUACGGCAAGGAGCUCUCCAUGGUCAAGAUCCCCAGCAAGGCCUCGGCCAAGUACCUGGCCAAGAAGUUCAACAAGACGGAGCAGUACAUCGCGGACAACGUGCUGGUCCUGGACAUCUUCUUCGAGGCGCUCAACUACGAGAUGAUCGAGCAGAAGAAGGCGUACGAGGUGGCGGGGCUGCUGGGUGACAUCGGGGGGCAGAUGGGGCUCUUCAUCGGCGCCAGCCUGCUCACCAUCCUGGAGAUCUUUGAUUACCUGUACGAGGUGUUCCGGGACAAACUGCUCAGCCUGUACAAGGAGAAGAAGCGGAGCCCGCGGAGCGACGGCGGCACCCUGGAGCACCCGGCGGUCCCGGGCAGCCCCGCGGCCCCGCGCCCACCCAGGGCGCCCGGCCCCCCGUGCCCGGCCCCGCGCCCCGUCUCGGCGUCGCCCCGCACCUGCUACCUCGUCACCCGGCUCUAGGGCCCCCCCGCGCCC